AUGUCAUUCAAGCCAAGAAAGUCCAGGUCAUUGAUCAUCAAGAAAGGAAGAGUUACGCAAAGGUUCCAACUGACAGUGCAAGGCGAGGACAUUCCAUCUAUCUUAGGAAACCUAAUCAAGUGCUUAGGAAAGUUGUUUGACCCCACAUUGAAGGAUACAAUUAACAUCAGGAAAGUUGUACAACAAGUAGUGGAAGGGAUGAGAAACAUCAACAAGACCGGUCUACCAGGGAAGUUUAAGGUGUGGAUGUACCAGCAUGGACUCUUACCCAGACUUACAUGGCCAUUGAUGUUGUAUGAAAUCACACUCUCACAAGUAGAGAAGAUUGAAAGGGUUGUCAACAGGAAUCUUCGAAAGUGCCUUGGUGUACCACCUAGCUUCACGUCUGUUGGCCUCUACUGCACAACAGCCAUACUCCAAUUACCAAUCACCUCGUUAGUGGAGGAAUUUAAGGUGGGAAAGCCCAGGCUGAUAAUGACCCUACGAGACUCGAGGGAUGAGAAAGUGCGGAUGGCAGGAGUACAAGUAAGAACAGGGAGGAAGUGGUCAGCUAGCAAAGCAGUAGACGAGGCGGAAAGUAGACUCCGACAUAAGGAUAUUGUUGGAUCAGUCCCACAAGGUAGACAAGGCCUAGGGAUGACAAAAACGACCUACUGGAAAGAUGCAAGUACAUCAGCGAAAAGGGGCAUGAUCCAGAGAGAGAUUCGAUCCAAGGAGAAAGAGAGAAGGCAAGCAAAGGCCGUCGAAAUGGGAAGCCAGGGGCGUGGACCAGAUGGACCACAGAGCAAAGAUCGCUUACCUGGACAGAACUUUGGAGCGUUGCAGGGACGGUACACGUGGCGACAUAAUCAGGUCCUACGAGAGCUGGCAGACAUCUUGGAAAGGGAGAGGGUGAGCAGGAUUAAGCAGAAGGCACCAAGACCUAAGACCAUACAGUUUGUGAAGGCAGGGGAAACAUUACCAACAGGAAAGAUAGGGCGAAGCGGCAUAUCGGGAGAUUGGAAGUUAGUGGCAGACAUCGGCCAGCAACUAACAUUCCUGGAGAUUAAAAAGGGUAGUGCAGCGGCUCACCCAGGCAGCAGAGAGUGCAUCCUGUUUGGUUUGGAUGAAGAGGGACGAGAGAAGCUGGAGACCCACCACCGACGCGCAGUGACUGAUCACCACUGUGGACCCCCCAUCCUGAGAGUGUACCGAUGCAGAGAUAACGCUGGCCUGCAUGUUGCGCGAGCCAUUGCCAUCUUCUUGAUCCAGAACAAUGUGAAUGUGCUGCCCUGGCCUGCAAAGUCACCAGAUAAGUCGCCUAUAGAACAUGUGUGGGGUGAGAUGCAGCGUCGCUUGCGUCGCAUUCAAAAUCAGCCGUUGACGUUAUCUGACCUGUCACGUGCGUUUGUGAGAAUAUGGAAUGGUAUUUUCCAGGCAUUUUCAGCACACUUGUUGCAUCAACGAGGCGUCGGUGUAGAGCAUGCACCGAUUUCAAUGGUGGACAUACACGGUAUUGAUGAGCUGAACUUUGCUUAA